AUGGUCUCGAGCUCGGUCGCUUCCCUGUCGGCAGCCGUUGUGGCUGCCGCUGUCGCUGCCGUCGCCAAUGCCCAGAACCUCACCACCAACGGCACCGCCCCGCUGUACAAGAACCCCUCGGCCCCCGUCGAGGACCGCGUGCAGGAUCUGCUUUCGCGCAUGACGCUCCAGGAAAAGGUCGCGCAGCUGAUCCAGGGCGACAUUACCAAUUUCAUCAAUGCGACCACCGGCGAGUUCAAUGCCAGUGGUCUGGUGUGGAACAUGGAAUGGAGGGCAGGCCAGAUCUGGACGGGCUAUCCUAUCCCUCAACAAACCAUUGCGGAAGCCGGCAAGAUUGCGCAGGACUACCUUCUGCACAACACCACCCUGGGAAUUCCGGCACUGCUGCAAAAUGAGGGUAUCCACGGAGUGUCCUACUUCAACUCGACCAUCUUUAACAGCCCUAUCGCCCAUGCCUGCUCCUUCAACACCGAGCUCAUCGGUGAGAUGGCCGACGUCAUUGCAGAGGAGGCGCUCGCGCUCGGAAUCAACCAGAUCUUCGCGCCUGUCGUCGACCUUGCACGUGAGUUGCGCUUCGGCCGUGUUGAGGAAACGUACGGCGAAGACCCAUACCUGGCCGGCGAGAUGGGAUACGCGUAUGUGCGCGCACUCGAGAGCCACAACGUCAGUGCCAUGGUCAAGCACUUUGCGGGCUUCAGCAACCCGGAGCAGGGUCUCAACACCGGCCCGGUGCACGGCGGAGAGAGAGAGUUGAGGACCACUUGGCUGCCGCCUUUCCACCGGGCCAUCAUCGACGCUGGAGCUACCAGUGUCAUGUCGGCUUAUCAUUCUUGGGACGGUGUCCCUGCGGUUGCAGACCACCACACGCUCACUGAUAUCCUCCGUGGCGAAUGGGGAUACGAGUACUACGUGAGCUCUGACGCCGGAGGAACCGACCGCCUGUGCAAAUCCUUCAAGAUGUGCCGAGCCGAUCCCAUCGACAAGGAAGCCGUUACAAUGUACGCUCUGCCUGCUGGCAACGAUGUUGAGAUGGGUGGCGGCUCCUACAACUUUGAGACCAUCAUCGACCUGGUCGGUUCGGGCAAGCUGGACCUCGACAUCGUCGACGAGGCCGUCGCCAGGACGCUUAGGACCAAGUUCGUCCUGGGCAUCUUCGAAGACCCCUACCGCGCUGUCCCGGCCAACGAGACGGCUCAGCACAUCCACACGGCCAAGUCGGUCGCUCUUGCGCGCAAGCUCGACGCCGAGUCCAUCGUGCUGCUUGAGAACAAGGAGAGUGUCCUGCCACUCGACAAGUCUGCCAACGUUGCCGUCAUCGGCCCCAUGGCAGACUUCAUGAACUACGGUGACUACGUCGUCGAAGGCUCCCAGUACCGCGGCGUCACCCCCUUCGCCGGAAUCAAGGCGGCAUCGAGCGGCACCGUGACGUACGCGCUCGGCACUGAGCGCUGGUCCAACGACCAGUCGGGCUUCCCCGAAGCCAUCGCCGCGGCUGAGGCGGCCGACGUAGCCGUCGUGGUAGUCGGCACGUGGUCGCGAGACCAGACGGAGCUGUGGACGGGGCUGAACGCGACGACGGGCGAGCACGUCGACGUGCACUCGCUGCGGCUGGUGGGGGCGCAGAACGCCCUGGUCAAGGCCAUCAUCGACACGGGCAAGCCGACGGUCGUCGUGUUCCAGAGCGGCAAGCCCGUGACGGAGCCGUGGAUCUCGCGCAACGCCACGGCGCUAGUGCAGCAGUUCUACCCGUCCGAGGAGGGCGGCAACGCCCUGGCCGACGUGCUGUUCGGCGACCACAACCCCAGCGGCAAGCUCUCGGUCGGCAUCCCGCACGACGUCGGCACCACGCCCGUCUUCUACGACUACCUCAACUCGGGCCGCACCAUCGACGCCGGCGAGAUCUACGACAACGGCACCAUGCUCUUCGGCCACCAGUACGUCCUGUCGACGCCCGUCCCGCUCUACGAGUUCGGCUACGGCAAGAGCUACAGCGAGUUCGCCUACUCCAACGUCACCUUGUCGCAAGCUGAGGUGGGCGCCUCCGACGUCGUCACGGCCUCGGUCAGCGUCACCAACAACUCGACCCGCGACGGCCAGGAGGUCGUCCAGCUGUACGUCAGCGACCUGAUCGCCAGCGUCGCCGUGCCUAACAAGGAGCUCAAGGGCUUCAAGAAGGUGCUCGUCAAGGCCGGCGAGACCGUCGACAUCGACUUCGACAUCGACGUCAGCAAGCUCGGCGUCUGGGACAUCCGCAUGAAGUACGUCGUCGAGCCCGGCGAGUUUGCCAUCUAUGUCGGUAGCUCGAGUGCCGAUCUGAGGGGUAAUGCUACGUUGACGGUUGUUUGA